AUGACUACCACCAUGCUAUUACUUCUAAUAUUUAUAGUCAUUAUAAGUGUUUUAUUUUUUAUCAGAUUUCAAAAUUAUUGGACUCGAAAAGGAUUAAUCCCCCAUGUUCAACCUGUACCAUUUUUUGGCAAUACUUUACCAGUUUUAUUUCGAAGAACUCACACUAUCUCUGAAUAUAUUUGCGAAACAUAUAACCUCUUCCCAACAGCGAGAUACGUCGGUGGGAUGCAAUUUCACACGCCAAUAAUUAUCCUAAGAGAUCCGGAUUUAAUAAGAGAUAUGUGCAUUAAAUACUUCGAUUACCUGCCAGAUCACAUGGGUUUAUUUCCCGAAAAUACAGAUCCUUUGUUUGGAAAAAAUUUAUUUGUUCUACGUGGUGAUAAAUGGAGAGAAAUGAGAAAUGCCCUAAGCCCAUCAUUCACCGGAAGUAAAAUGAAAUUUAUAUUCAAAUUAAUAUACGAAUGUUCGACAAAUUUUGUCCAAUACUUCUUGGAUAAUCCGGAAGUGACGAAUUCUGUAAAUGUUAAAGAUUGCUUCUCUCGUUAUACAAUUGACGUAAUUGCUACAUCUGCUUUUGGAAUUACGGUCAAUUCGGUAAAAGACAGAGAUAAUGAAUUUCAUCGACACGGUGUGGAGGCUGCGGAUUUUAGUGGUAUUGGUCGCGGUUUGAAAAUUAUGCUCGCACGUUAUUGUACAACAUUUAUGAAAUUUAUAGGUGAACCAAUAUUGUCUCGAUCGACGACACGAUUUUUCAAGACAAUCAUACAACAGACGGUGAAAAAGAGAAAAGAAUUGAACAUCAAUCGACCGGAUAUGAUAAACUUUAUAAUAGAAGCUUGUCAAAAUGAGGAUGGUAAAGAAUUAUCAAAUGAUGAUAUUGUUGGUCAUGCAUUUAUGUUUUUGCUUGCUGGUUUUGCCACAUCUGCUACUGUUAUGGGAUUUCUUGCUCAUGAACUAGCUGUAAAUCCAAAAAUACAGGAAAAGCAACGCAACGAGGUGGAUCAGUUUACAAAAGAAAAUGAUGAAAUCACAUACGACACUCUUUCCAAAAUGAAAUAUUUGGACAUGGUAAUUUCGGAAACACUGAGAAAGUACCCACCAAACGCAAUGAUGGAUAGGUUAUGUGCUAAGAAAUUUACCUUACCAAAAUCCACUCCAGACAGUGAAGAAUACACCAUUGAACCAAAUUCCUUGAUAUGGUUACCAAUCUACGCAUUGCAUCAUGAUCCAAAGUAUUUUCCAGAUCCAGAAAAAUUUUCUCCGGAAAGAUUUAGUGAUGAGAAUAAAGAUAAUAUUAAUCCUUACACUUACAUUCCGUUUGGAGUUGGUCCACAGAAGUGCAUUGGCAACAGGUUCGCAUUAAUGGAAAUAAAAAUUCUUUUUGUUCAUUUGUUAAAGAAUUUUAUUCUCGAAAGGGAGGAAAGAACGAGGCAUCCAAUAAAAUUUGAAAAAGGUUUUCUUGUUAUAGCCAAAGGUGAAUUAUGGAUAAAGUUUACUCGACGAGAGGAUUGAACGAU